AUGCCGCAGCAACUGCCGAAGUCUGAUAUCUCUCCGAAAAUGAGGACGACAUUGGCCUGCCAGUGGUGUCGGAAGCGGGACACUCUGUCUCAUCCCCCAGCUGCCGCGGCUCGUACGUAUCGCGUAUCAAAGCCUGUUAUAGGGGAAGCAUCGGCCUCUCGAAGAACAGAGAAGAGAGACGAUGACUUGCCAGAUCGACAAUCACAGACGGCUUCUUCAACGCCAAAUGCAGUUGCUGAUGCAAACGGCAGUUGUGAAAGGCAGAGCAAUACUGCGCCCCAGCAACUGAAUACCAUAUUAUUACCUGAAAAUGCUCUAACAAAUGUGGAUCGAGAAUUGGUCAUUCCAACGUUCUUUGAGUACGGCGUGCCGGAUAGGAUUCCUGGCAUAAAGCUCUGUGCUAUCGUGGCUCUAUGUGCACGGUAUAUUCCCGAACUGGUGGAUCAAUAUGGGAGUCUGUAUCUAGUGUCUGAGCAUUUCGCCAAUGUUGUGCGUGAGAAUAUCAUGACCUACACAGCACAACAUCCUGGGAUCGACGCCGCCCAUGCAAUGAUUUUGCUCAGUUUGUACGACUGGGGAGAGGGGAAUGGGUUUCAGGCAUGGAUAUAUGCAGGCAUGGCCACGAGAAUGGCGAACGGCAUUUACUCGCAGAUGAGGGGAAAUAUAAAGGAUACCUCGUAUACAAACUCCACGGACCAGGAAACGACCAUCAGGACUGCCUGGGCUUGCUUCGUGCUUGACUGUAUCCUACGCUGUGGAAGAUAUGGCCCGCAAUGCGCUGAUAUAGAGGUGCUUGAUAUUCCGCUACCUAUGACUGAGGAUGAUUUCGACUUUGGCCCUGAGUCGACAAUAACACCUUACUUCCUAGCACAGUUGGGGCCAGAUAGGUCGCUAUCGACUAUGGGUAGCGAUAGAAAAGUUGAGGGACCACAGCAGAUUCUUUCCUUGAUAAUCGAGGGCUUUGGCAUCUUUUCCACCUUGUCUACUUGGAUCUGUAGAGGUGGUAGAAGAUACCCCUCUCCCGAAUCUAUAGAACCUCCCUGGGAACCUACAUCCUUUUGGAACCGCUCUAUGACCACGGUGGAGGCCUGGAGGGGGACGCAUUCGUCCAGGUUAGUCUACUCGCGAGCCGCUGGACAAAUACAGGCACACAUGUUACACAGCCAAGUCGAAGGAUUCGCACUAUUGAACUUGCUCUAUUAUAUGAGCCUUUUGUUUCUACAUCGAGAAUACAUCCCUUUCUUCCCACACAGGGUUUCGCGCCCAUGUGGUCCGAUUGACCCCCCAUUUGUGGAGCAGACACCUCCUGAUGGCUGGUGGCAUCGCAGCUCCCAGGAACUCUUCGAGGCCGCUUCAACUAUUAUAGAGCUGAUGCAAGAUAUUGAACUUCGGGGUGUGCAGUUUCAGACCCCGUUCACGGCUUUCUGUAUGUUCAGUGCCGCCAGCGCAGUUUUAUAUGCAGACACUUGGCCGUACAUGGCACCUGGGUUCGAGGGUGCGAAAGAAAAGUACACAUGGAGUCUCGGUUGGCUCAAGGCUGCUAGUGAAAAGUGGAGGAUUGUGAAACGCUGGUAUGAAAUAUUGGGUGAGCUCACGGGAAUCUUCACACGCCUAAAAACAGAUGGACAUGAUUUCCCACAUCUUGGACGGGAGGAGUUCCAAGAUCUCCAUGACAAUAUGCAUCGCCUUGCGGAACCGGAAUCCACAACUGUGAGUGCCCUGGCUGCUCUAUCACAAGGCGCGCCAGGAGCACCUUGUCAACCCCACGAGACUACAAAUCGUGGGAGAGACUCGGGACCAGAGUCUUUAGUUACUCGUGGCACCGUUCGACCUCAAGAACUACAUAAUAGUACCUCAGGACAAGGUCAAGCGGACUUUUUAGUUUUAGAUCACGAAGCACCGCGUAUGGAUAAUGAUACCGGGAUUGACACGGAUUUCCUUAUGGCAAUGCUGUCUGAUCCUUCCGGAGACUGGUCGCAUGUAAUUUGA